GUCGAAGAAGGCAUUGAAAUGCUUCGCAGUGUCUUCCCAGGCACGACAAUUAUAGUUGUUUUGAAUAUUAUUGAUCGCAAAGGUGGUGAUCAAAAGUACAAGACCUCUUGGGGCCAGCACCCCUGCGAAGUUCUGGGCAUUACUUCAACAUACACCGUAUUUGCCCACCUCGAUGUCACGUCUACAGCC